UGGACUUUUCCAACAACAAAUAACAGAGUUUUAUGUUGGGCAGUGUCCUACAAAACUACAAAAAACAUCUUUUACCCUUUACAUUUACCCUUUCUUUCCUUCGUUUGUCAUAACUUAGAAACUUGUUGCACUGUUUCCUGUUCCCUAGACAUCUGUCAUAACCUUUACAAAUUUCCUGCAACCAUGUGGAUUUCUGCACUCAUCAAAACUGUUCAGACCGACCACCUACCCCAACCUAGCUUCUGUCAAUCAAAUUGCUCAAUGUACUUGAACCCAGAUCAAUUAUUAAGACUUUCAUACUACUUUCACGAUAGGCAAUCAAAGCUUUCCAGAGUCUCAGUUUAUAAAACAUAUAGCUUACAGAUUUCAAAAGGACAACAUUUAUGGAAAAUAUACAGAUGUAGACUUCUUUUUGUACUGCAGUUUAAAGAGGCAUGUUGUUUAAAGCUAAAAGGAAGUGGGCAGCUCUUAUUGGGCUUGUGCUAUCACUGCCUUCUCUUGUUACACAUCUUUUUCUGUUUGCAAGAUACUCUAGCAGAGAACUUCUUGAUGACAGACCCAUUGUGGAAGUACUCCGUUGGCGUCCCCAUUUUGAUACUAGGAACUUACCUCAAGGAAGUUUCAAGUACAGAAAGCUAUGGGGUCCAGUCAAAUCUCUCGAGUCAUUAUAUCCAUAUGCAAAACCAAGGGGUCAAUUUCCUGCCCCAAGUUGGCAUAACAAUGGAUACAUAUUUGUCAAAAUUCAAGGAGGGUUCCGUGAGAUCAGGUCAUCGUUUCUUUUAUUGCCAGAUCUGUGAUGUAGUUGCUGUAUCUAGGCUUCUAAAUGCCACUCUUGUGAUUCCAGAGCUUCAAGAGACUACAAGUACUAAGGGAAUCAGCUCUAAAUUUAAGAGUUUUGGCUACCUUUAUAACGAGGAUCACUUUAUUGCGGCACUUGCAAAUGAUGUUUUGGUUGUAAAAAGUCUUCCAAAAAUGUUCAAGAAUGCUAGGAAGAACGAUGAGAUACAUGUAUUUACACCACACAAUUCUGCCUCUUCUGAAUUUUAUCUUGAAGAGGUGUUGAAAGAACUAAAGAAGAAAACCCUAGUUGUGCUGUUGGUCUCUGAAGGGGGAUGCUUACAGGCCCAUCUACCUCCUAGUUUGUCAGAAAUUCAGAGACUAAGAUGUAGGGUUGCAUUCCAUGCUCUUCGUUUCCGUCCAGAGGUUCAAGAACUUGGUUUUAGGAUAGUACAAAGAUUGCAGGCAUCUGGGCGGCCCUAUUUGGCUUUUCAUACUGGCCUAGAGAAAGAAGCAUUGGCAUAUCAUGGCUGUGCAGAACGAUUCCAGGAUAUUCAUGCGGAGCUUAUACGACGUAGAAGAUCAUGGAUGAUUAGACAUGGGAUUAUCCAAGGAGAACGUUUGAUUAAUUCAGAGAUGCAGCGCCAGAAUGGUUCAUGCCCGCUUAUGCCUGAAGAGGUUGGUAUUCUUCUACGAGCUAUGGGCUACCCGCAUGACACGGUAAUAUAUAUAUCAGGUGGAGAGAUCUUUGGUGGACAGCGGGUGCUGGUCCCUCUUCGUGCAAUGUUUGGUAACGUUGUUGAUAGGACAUCGCUCUCCAUGAUAAGUGAAAUGUUGAUGAUCUAUGGACCAGAGGAUCCUUUGGUUCCACCACCUUCACCUCCUCCACCUUUAAACAGUGAAAAAAUGAGGCUUGUAGCUUGGAACAGGGCUGGUCCUCGACCCAGGCCUCUUCCACCACCUGCAGAGAGGUCAAAAGAUCCCUAUACUGGUGAAAUUUGGUGGGGUCAGGUAGCUGAGGUUGAAAAAGAACCCAGGCCAAAAAUUCGGGACUCAAGAAUGCGAGCUCAUAAGUUGCUCUGGGAAGCAAUAGAUUAUAUUGUCUGUGUUGAAGCAGAUGCUUUCUUUCCUGGAUUUGAUCGUGAUGGGAACGGUCGGCCAAACUUCGCGAGUUUGGUAAUGGGACAUCGAGUUUAUGAAUCAGCCUCACUUAAAACAUUCCGCCCUGAUAGAAAAGUUCUUGUUAAACUCCUGGAGGAUAUUCAAGACCACAUCUACAAGCCCAAUCAUACCUGGUUAGUUUCUGUUCAAGAGCAUCUGAAUAAGACUACUCACGAAGAAGGCCUUAAGGAAAUGUCUCAGACUGCAAAACCCUUGUCUUUUCUCUCUCAUCCACUACCUGAAUGCUCGUGUCAAGUUCAGAGAGAUUCAGAUUCUCCACACCAUCUUAGAAGUAUUGGAAAAACUUAUCAGAGUAGGAAAAUGUCUAGAAUGGAGGAUCGCUGCCCUUUAUGGAUGACCACUCAUCCAACAGUACCAUCUGAGAAAGAAAUAGACAAGAAAGAAGAUUCUGAAGAAAUAGAGGAAACUUCAGAACAGUUUAUUUAUGACAUGUUUGACGAAACAGAUACAGAAGAAACAGGAAGUGAGUCUGAAGAUAUCCAGUCAAUGGAACGAGAAGAAGAGCUAGAUGUAGAUGACUAAAUAUUAUAAAAUAUCUGGACAUAUGGCCAGAGAUUAUGGGAUCAGUGCAAGGCAUUUGGUUUGCCCGUUCCAUUACGAAGAAGUAAACUAGAAGGAAGCAUGAUCUUGUUCUGGCUGAUCAUGUAUGUAUAUAUGUAAUUCUUGCAACCCAGGAGUUCACUUUCUAAUUAUGUUGUAGAAAUGAAAAUACGAAGGACUCUAAAAAUAUUUACAGCCAUGCAAAUGGUGUAGUAUUGGCUUAAAUUACUAAGGAUUUAGAACAAGCAUUCAAUGCCAAGUGACAUGGGCUUAUAUACGGUCCCGUAUAGAUCAUGUUCUGUAUUCUCACUGUUGAAGGUUCUUUCUGUUGCAACACAUUCUUUCAAGUAAGGACAAAUAUGAAAGCUCAAGCUCCUGUCCAGCAUCAUUGACGUUGCUGUUUUUGGUUUGUUUGUAGCCAUUUGACGUCUACAGCCCAAAUCACAUGUUAAUGCAUUGCUUCUUAUGCCUCAAGGUUUGUCAUAGUAAGCAAUCAAGUUCUUGGUUUAAUUUUCCCUUUGAUGGAGGAAGUGUAUAUAGGAUAGUUGCAACUUGUUAUUGAUAAUUAUUAGCAAAGGUUAAUCUGUCUUGAGCUCCAUUGUACGUUAACGUACUGAGCUCAGCUGAAAUUUUGUCUGAUUGAGAAGAAUAUAAUUGAAAUUCCCUUAGUCUUCUUUUA